GAGGUGGAGGAGUUGUUGUGGCCACGGACGCGGGAUCGUCAGCAGCCCUGGAUUACGGAGCUUGGUUGGACUAUGGUGCCUGCUGGAUCUAACGAGCAAACGCUGCAUGCCGACAUCCUGUCUUGGGAGGAUGAGCCACUGUGCCCACGCAAGGAGGGCCUGGGUCGUUUCCACCACUUCUUGUGGAAGCCUAGCCGGCAAGAGUGCUGUACUACAAAGGUAGUCCACGCCGCCUUUACUGAUG